UCACAGUGGGAUUAAGGCCUAUUUCUGCCCUACCCUCCUAUAUCCCCAUUAGCAGUGUUAAACUGUGAGCCAAGGGCCCCAGGACCUUCUGCAUGACUCCCAAAGCCUGGUUAAAUAGAGACCAGGCUAAACGUGCCAGAAAGGGUCUCUGCUUAGAGAGCCCGGAAAUCACCACUCGCUGGGUGGAGGUGGCAGCCUUUGCUCCGGGCCUGGGGUUUAUGCAAUGUUAUUUGCCCAGUGCUUGGUUGAAUUUGCUGCCUACAGGGCCAAGAGGAAGCUGAGCUGCUCUGCAGGGGCAGGGGAUUGCACCUUGAAUCUUCCUCCCCAGAGAAAAUGCAGCCUGGGGACACGGGCUGCAGGAUGACGUGGAACAAAGUGGGCAUUUCAUCAACACCGCAUCCCGCACAAAGAGGGUCCUGCUCCCAACGGGGCUGUGGCCCCUGGGCACAGGGAGAUGCCUUGGUGGCAGUGAACCAGCUACUGUCCUGGGGACCCAGGAGCGCCCAGGGACCUGCUGUUGUGACACCCUGGCAGCUACUGGACAUAGCAUUGGAGACAGGAGCUGGCCCAAAGGCAGGAGGAGAGGUCACAACCCUUCUGCAGCCCAUGUCCGUGCCCUGCACGGCUUGGCAGCAUCUCUGGGUGCUGCAGCCGGUGCUGCAAGGCACCCGCGUCAGGUGAGCGUGUGGGGCAGAGCCAACGUCACCCCUGCUCACGUCCUAGGCAACCCGUUUCCAGCAUCCCUGGGCACGUUUAGCACCAGGAAGGACACGGGCAGAGUCCAGCUUGCUCUUGACCGGUUUUUAUUGCAUGUUUCUCCAGCGUGUGAGCCAGCGGGAGCUGCCGGGACUGCCAGCGGAGGCAGGCUUUGAUCCAGCCCUGCAGGGCUCCUGUCUCACUGUCUUGAGGCUGCACAGAGAAAGAGAGUGAGGGAGAGAUUUGUGUGUGUGUGUGUGUGUGUGUGUGUGUGUGUGUGCGUGUGCAUGCAUGUGAGCAGCAUGAGAGUGCAUGAGUACAUUCACAUGUGUACGUGGACAGGCAUGUCUGCUUGCAUGUUAUGUGUGUGCGUGAGCGCGGCAUGUGGGUUUAUGAGUGUGUGCAUGUGUGCACAUGCAUGUGUAGCAUUUAUAUGCAUAUGCGUGCAUGUAUGUGCACAGUCACAUGCUUAUAUGCAUACACAUGUAUGUUUAUGUGUGUGUGUGCAUGUGAGAGCGUGCAUGGGUGUAUGUGCACGCUCACGUGCUCACAUCACCCUGCAAGGCUUAAUGUGUGAGCACUAGCUUCAUCCUAGGCUGGAGCAGCAGGGCUGCCGUGCUCAGACAGUUCUCGCUGGCAGAGCAUGCCGAGCCACGGGGUUGUUUAAUGCAAGAUAAAAGACAUAAAGUCAAAAGCAUGUUGUGUGCCGAGAAGCGCAGUGCCCAGAACACGGCAGGCCUGGCAUGCAAACAGGAGCUGACAGCGUCCUUCAUGCUAACACGGGGUGCACACGUGUCCUGCACGCAUACAGGGGCACAUGACACUUGCACACGUGUGCCGGAGGGCACCCAGGCAUGCACAGGCUGGGGCUCAACACACCUCUGCGCGCACACCUAAACACAUAACAACACAGCCCAGCUUGAGACAACACAAACGCGCACGUGGGUGAAGACGCCCGUGAAUGGAGUGCUGCAGAGCAUGCAUGCGUGUGCAUGCACAGGCACACGUGGUGGGCAGUGUCUUUGCAGCUUGCACCGCCGCCACUCGCAGCGCCUUGAGCUUGCGCUCCUUGCACACCCUCCCGUGCCUCAGUUUUCCCACAUCAAAAGGGCCCGUGGGAUUUUCCAGCAACCUACCGGCUGGCUUAUCGCUCGCCUCCGCAUCAAAGUGCCCCGCGAGGCCUCGGCAGUGGCUGGUCCCGCUGCAUGCAGGGCAGUCACCCCAUGACUCACGUCCUGGGUUAAUCAUUCAUUUCUCCUUCUCAUGUACCUGCCUGAGCCAGGGUCACUUUUCCUCCCGCCAGGCCUGAGGCUCAGCAGCUCCUGGCGGCCCAUUGCUGCCACCCUGCUGGGACGUGCAACCAUCAAGGACUUGGGGACCUUGGCUCGCCCCGUCUCCAGGAAAGCAAGGCACCGGGGCAUCCCCAAGGGAAACGCCGGUCACAGCUGAAGGGUGACCCAAAGGGGACGCAGCCCAGAGCCCCAGCUCUCCCGCAGCGCCUCGGCAGCUGGGAGACACCCGGAGCAGGGACGCGACGCCAGGCGGCAACGCCGGGCCCCGAGCAGCGCGGAGACACAGCGCCUGGCCAGGCUGGAGGGCACCCGGGUUAGCAUGACAGAGGUGGAGCCUGUGCUGGACUUCGCAUCCUCUGGGAGAACCGGCCGCCGCAACGCCCUGCCCGACAUCCUGGGCUCGCCGGCCGGCGUCAGCCCCUCCGACCUGCCCCUCAAGCUUGCCGAGAUGUCCCUCAACGCAGACAGGUCCCAGGAAAUGCAGUCGCCGUCCGCAGAGGUGCCCCCUCCACAGCCCCAAAGCCCAGAGCUGAAGGACACGUCCUAACCCUCCUCCCCAGCACGAUGCACUUCUGGCCAGCAGGGAAAGGGGAGACUGUGGAGCACCGGACGAGCUUUUCGGGUGCAGCCUGGAGUUGGCUGGGUUUUCCUUGGUGCUGCGCAGCACGGACAUCUCCCGUCCCCUGGAGGAGCGGAGCAAGGAGGGACCUGCAGUAACGAAGCGGGACUUCCCAACCCCGCAGUGGGCAAAGACGGGGAGCUUUGCCCAGCGGGAGGAAACAUUUUCUUCUGUGGCAUCACCAAAACCAAAUGGCAGGAUUUCAUGCUGGGCGGGGGGACUUUCUUGGCUUAGCAGCAGUGGCGCCAAGUGGAGUAGAAGCACCCGGCACUACCGUGAGGAGCAGGAAGAGCAGCCCACGGGUAUUUUUAUCUCAGCGUGUUGGUCACCGUGAUGUUUCGGGUACUGUGUUGUGUCCUGUCCUUUUUCCAGUGGGUGAUCCAGUAUCCUUAUCAGGCCUAGGGGCAGCACGAACAUUCUCCAUGCUGGGUGUGAACCAUCCCACCAAACCCUUGACCCAGAAAACAAGUCCAUGUCCUGCCCCAUAGUCAUGGGAUCGUGCGACUCUUGGGGUCCAAGAGGGAAACCAGCCUUCGCCGAGCCCCAUCCCCGCUUUGCCAGCAUGACGAGGGACGGGGCCAAGCCCUGCAGCCGCCAGCCCCAUGCCGAAGGCUCACGCCACAGCAAGGAGCAGAGCACCCCAGGGUGCUGCCUGCCCAGGGGGGAGCAGGGCUAAGGCACCCUCCCCACCAGGGCUGGGGUCCCGGGCAGCAGGAGCCCCCGCAAAGCCACCUUGCCAGCCUGGGCACCCCUCGGUAAGGAGCUGUUUCAACCACAGGGGUGAUGCUGGAGGACGCAACCAGGGCGAUGCUACUUUGGACACCCUGGUGUGUCUCCCUGGCCAAAAGUGCCCUCUGCCAGGGCCACCCACAGCCAGUCCCACCGCAGCAGCCCUGAGACCCCCUGGACCCACCUCCCCAGGGAAAACCCGGAGAGAGGAAACCGGCAGCAAACAAAGCAGCAGGGCCCUGAGACGCGCUGCUGGCCACGGCUUGGCGUCCCAGGUCGCUGUUUGCCGAGGUAUCUGCCGGCCCUGCUGCUCCCGCUCACCAAGGCUGUAACAGGGCAGUCAACCUAUAGCUGUCGCUGUGGGACCAACAAACCCCAAACCCUGCCCCGCUGCUCUGCAGCAUCAUCACCAGCAGCUCUGGGACAGCCCCACGCUGCUCCGGCCUUGGCCACCUCCAGGGCAGUGCCUGGGUCUGGGCAAGCCACGAGGGGCCACGCUCAGACCCACCAGGUGCGUCCAGCACGCUGGAGUGGGCACUUGCAUCCAAGGUGUCUUGGGACCCCGCAUCUCCUUCGGAGCCUAAAUCUGGAUUAAAUUCCCCUGGGAAUAGCUUUGCUUCCCCAGCAUGCCCAAGGCUGGCUCUGGCCCUCCUGAACCCUUGGCCAAGGAUACCGGCUUGCCCAUCCCUUAAUGUGGAAACCAGCCCCGUCCGGGGUGUAGCGUUGUGCAGUGUGUGCACGUCUGUGUGAGUGUGUAUGUGCGUCCAUGCACACGGGCAUCCGUGUGCAUGAGCGGCCAGGGGCAUGCACAUCCACGUGCAUGGGCACCGGUGUGCGUGGGCACCCAUGCGCGUGGGUGCUCGUGUGUCUGGGUGUUCGUGGGGGGCACAGGAGUGCCUGUGUGUACGUGUGUGGUUGUUCAUGUGCGUGGGCACCCGUGUACAUGUGCACCUGUGUGCAUGGGCACCCGUAUGCAUGGACACCCAUGUUUGAGGGUGUCUGUGUCCAUGGGUGCUGGUGUGCACGGGCAGGCACUCGUGUACGUGGGUGUCGGUGCUUGCCCUGUGCCUGGGCGUUCGUGUGCAUGGGUGUUUGCAUGCGUGGGCGGCUGGGUGUGAGGAUGCCCGUGUGCAGGGUGUCCGUGUGCGCAGACACACGUGUGCGUUGGCAUCCAUGUCUUAUGUCAUCCUGCUGGCUCUGGGGGGAGGCUGGGAGCGAGUGCGGCGGCCAGGGCAGCGUAGCGGUUGGGGAUCCUGGUGUCUGGGGACGGCGCUGGCAGGAGUCCCCUCCCA